AUGUUGGGCAUCAACAAGCGUGAGAAGUAUAGGGAUGGUGACGAUGGAUCCCUAGUGAAUAAUACGCAGGACUUGGUCAAGCUGCGUUUCGCUCUCGACCUCGAGGGCGAUAUCAAUAUCCCUUCCAACCCUCCUGCCUCGCCAUUUGACUUGAUCGGUGAAAUCCGCGAGAGAGCUCCCACCACCGCCACCCCGCCCGCACCGACGCCCACCGCUUCUUCGACUGGGUUCCCCGCCCACCGUCGCCGCAACAAACCCUCGUCGUUCAAGCAGCGACGUGCUGAGCAAGCCACCCCUACUGUUCCUCCGAAAGAAGAUCUUGCAAAAUCUACCCCGCCCACUAUACAGGAUGACAAGAAGUCCAUCGGGGAGGAAAACACCCGCCAUCUGGCGUCCAUGUCAGAGGCGCAGAUCGAGAAAGAGCGGGAAGAGCUGAUGGCAUCGCUGGACCCUGGACUCCUAGAACGUUUCUUGCGUCGUGCAAAGAUCGACGAAGAUGAAAAGACUAGCGACAGCACUCCUUCAUCAACCCCCGCAAAGCCGGAAGAAGCGAAGGACGAGAAAGAAUUACCCUCCCAAUCCAAGAAAUCGGUCUCCUUCGAUAUCCCACCCACGGCCAAGGAAGCAACACCCAAGAAACCACCAACCACCAACCCCAUACCUGCCUCUACCCAGUCUACACCGAAGCCGCCACCAGGGCACGACGACCUCCCCCCAACCAACGUUCCAAAGGACCUCCACCCGGCCUCAGAGUAUCCUAACAUGGACCCAUCAACCAUCGAACGCUUCCACUUCCCCCAACCAACACAACCAAUGCCAACACUCGACCCAUCAUCGCCCAAUUUCCUCGAAGAUUUAAAAACCCACUACUUCCCCGAAAUCACCCACGACCCCUCAUCCCUCUCCUGGCUCCAACCCCCCUCAUCCUCAGAAGAAGAUCCCGAUUCCACAUCCGCCUACCACCCCGCCAGCAAUGCCAUCUCAAUGGCCCCCUCCGCAAUCCGCUUCUCGCUCCGCGGAACCAUCCUCGCGCCGGAAACGUCCCUCUCCCUCCCGACAAACCUGGGCCUGCAUCACCACGGUGACGACCCGCAAGCUGCGGGCUACACGAUUCCCGAGCUGGCGAUUCUAUCACGUUCGACUUUCCCUGCGCAGCGGUGUGUUGCGUGGCAAGUUCUUGGUCGGAUUUUGUAUAGGCUGGGUAAAGCUGAGUUUGGAGAACGGGGUGGACAGUUAUCUGAGGGGUUGUGGUUCUGUAUUGAGAAAGAGGGUGUUGUUGCGGGGAUGUUGACUGAGGCGGAUGGUGGGGCGGACUCGAGCUCGAAGUUGGGUAAAAUUAAGACUGAUGAUGGGGGAAAGAAGGAUGGAGAAAAUGAUGCUGGUCCGCCAGUUGCGUCGGGUAUUGGACGACAUGCUAGUGCGACUGCUUGGGCUGUUGAGGGUGUUUGGUUGUGGCAAAAGGGUGGUGCUGGUGACAGGGGUUUGUUGAGAGAGGGUCAACAUCGAUCGACGUGA